ACUCGGGCCUCGCGCAAACAUUGAGGCCACGUGGGGCGGUGGAUGAUGGUUGAAGGGCCGGAGGCUGGGACGGAAGCCCUGGGUAAGCGGUGCGUUUUGCACGGCCGGAUCAGUUGGGCUAGUUUUGGAGAUCAGUUGCGAGAAAUUUUUGGCGUUUGCGGGUUGCGGUUUUGGGCUACUUUUAAGGGCGUGUUGGACUAUAAAAACUUUGAGCAUCUGGCAACACUGCUGGUGCAGUCCACAGCAGGCUGCUGCCACAACAGCCUGAAGGUGCAGCAGCUUCUGGAAUCUGCAUUGAAACUGAAUGCCAGCCUUCCAUUGCACGGAGAAGAAUUGUUAUUGUUAUUGUUAUUUCUUCUGCGCAAAAGAGUUUGCUCCGUGAAAUAUGGCCAGUGGUAAUAGAUCUAGUUGACAGGAUGCCCAGAGCCAGCAUUGCAAGUUUCUAUCCUCUAUGUUCUACCAGGCUGUCUGGGAUCACAAGCUUGUGUGGAUGCUGGAGGACAUGAAGACUAUGGAGACUUUGUACUGGGAGGAGAACACUAACCUGAGGACGUAUUCCCCUUCAGAAGCCCUGCUGUAUGCUAUGGUGCACAAUCAUCUUCGUGUCCAGUAUCUGCUGUUUCAGUUUCCAGAGGAGGCUCUCAAAGUUGCUGGAGAGCAUUUCUGGUGUUGUCCAUCCUCUGAUUCUCAUUUAGCAAUGGCUGUAACCUAUGAUGGGAGAGAUAUCCCUGGGCUAUUCGUCAGCACUGCACACAAAAUGCCUAGCCUGAACUCUUACAUCAGUAGGACCAGCUGUUUUCAUGUGGAAGAUGGCAAGACCCCUCUGCAUCUUGCCUGUGAGUUCCUGAGAUCGGAGACUGUUCUCAUCUUGCUAGGAAAUGGAGCCUCUCCUAGGAUAGAGGACAGCAAAGGGCUCACUCCACCAGAUGUCAUACUGGAACAGAUGUGGGAUUCCAAAGUCCUGGUUCAAGUUGCAGAAGGUCUUGCAGGAACAUCCUGAACACUGGGCAGUGCUGCUUGGAGAGAACAAGUGGGCCCUGGUGGGGAACACGCCUGCAUCCUUAUACCUGCAAGCUAUACAAACCAUUCCUCCAGGUUCUCCCUCCCUCUCAUUUUCCUAAAAGCAUCCAGGAACUACCUGUACCUCAGGCACUGAAGCCCCUGCCUUGCUUGUGCAAACAGCGUCUGGCAAAAAAUGAGGUAAACAAUUUUCCAUGAUCUACUCUUUUUUUCAGUGUUCAAGUCAAAGAUAGGUAAUCAGGUAGGAUUUUCAGGUUGCAAACCAAGCCCUGG